CUCAAAGCCCAGCUUACCUCCCUACUUUCUCUCCUUUCUGCCGCUUCUCUCUCUCAGCCCCUUAGCAGCAAUUUCUCCUUAGUCAACAAUCCAACAUGGCGGACACGGAGGAGGUUCAGCCGAAGAAGCGGACGUUCAAGAAGUUCACCUUCCGCGGCAUCGACCUCGAUGCGCUGCUCGACAUGGGCAACGAGGAGCUCGUCAACCUCUUCCACGCGCGCGCGCGCAGAAGGUUCCGCCGCGGUCUCAAGAGGAAGCCGCUCGCUCUCAUGAAGAAGCUUCGCAAGGCGAAGCGCGAGGCGGAGGAGGGCGAGAAGCCCGAGGCGGUGCGCACGCAUCUGCGCAACAUGAUCAUCGUGCCCGAGAUGAUCGGCAGCGUCAUCGGCGUGUACAACGGCCGCGUGUUCAACCAGAUCGAAAUCAAGCCUGAGAUGAUUGGGCACUAUCUGGCCGAGUUCUCACUGAGCUACAAGCCGGUGAAGCACGGUCGGCCCGGUAUUGGUGCCACGCACUCCUCCCGUUUCAUCCCCCUCAAGUAAACCCUCGGCGCCGUGGCAUAUGCUAUACCCUGCUACUGCUGCUUCUGCAGCUGCCUCAGUUGCUGCCUCCAGAGAUUGCUAGUUGUAGCAGCUAAAGCAAGAAGUUGUCCUGUGCAUUGAUUCAAGUGGAUAAGUUUCGUGUUCAGUGCUUGAAAGACACACUCAAGUGCACAGAAUGCCUGAAACACCAAAGGCUUUGUUGGAUGGGGGCACUACCAGCGAAAUCUCCACUUCAUUGUUGCAAUCGUGGAUAAGACUCA